AUGGUUACAUCCACCACUCACUUUAGGCUAAUACCUCGCUUUUUCAUGCCAUUAAGGGUGUUAUACAAUACUGCAUUCACUAAUGCUCGAAUCUAUAAUCUCUCAUUUAGGAGAAAACGCUUCUGUGGGACCGCCGGAGGAAGAAGAAGAUUUUCCGGCCGCCACUAUAGGCCGUUUAGUGGAGAUUCGAAGAACAAGGCGGUCUGGGACGGCGGCCUGACCGGAAUCAGGAAGCGGAAAUUGAGCGAAGAACAAGUCAACCUCCUAGAACAAAGCUUCGGUGAUGAGAGCAAGUUAGAGUCGGAGAGAAAAUACCGCCUGGCUUCUGAGCUGGGACUUUACCCUCGCCAGGUCGCCAUCUGGUUCCAAAACCGUCGGGCACGGUGGAAGAACAAGAAGCUCGAGAAAGAAUACUCCAAACUCAAGGCGGAGCACGAGUCCACCGUCCUUGAAAACUGCGCGCGGUCUUAA